AUGUCUAUCCCGCCAAUAAAACUCGCCAUCCUCGACGACUACCAAGACAUCGCCAGCGCGCACUUCGCGCACCUGAAGCCACACUUCGAAAUCACCGUGUUCCGCGACACCCUCCCGCCCUACAACCACCCCUCGACGCCCGAGCAUGCGCGCCAGCAGCUCGUCGCGCGCCUGCGCCCCUUCACCAUCAUCUCCAGCAUGCGCGAGCGCACGCCGUUCCCCGGCGCGCUCCUCGAGCAGCUCCCGAAUCUGAAGCUGCUGCUGAACUGCUCGCGGCGGAAUCUCUCCAUCGAUCUCGAGGCCGCCAAGAGGCUCGGGAUUAGAGUCACGGGCGCGCCGGGCACGGGACGCAGCGAUGGCGAUGGCGGCGGCGUCCGGGGCCAGACCAGCAGCAAGCGGAGAGGGCCCGAGAGCACGACGCAGCACAUCGUGGCGCUGAUCUUGGGGCUCGCGAGGGGUCUCGCGCAUGAUGAUUUGCAGGUCAAGACGGGAGGGUGGCAGACGGGGCUCGCGAUGGGGUUGGGCGGGAAGGUGUUUGCGGUUCUGGGACUGGGCAGGUUGGGCGUGAAUGUUGCGCGCAUCAUGUAUCAGAGUUUCGGGAUGCGGAUACGGGCGUGGAGUGCGUCGCUCACGCAGGAAGAAGCGGAUCGGAGAGCGAGGGAGGCCGGGUUGCCGGUGGAGGAUGAGGAUGGGGAGAAGGUGUUCAAGGUCGUCGGUUCGAAGGAGGAGUUGUUUAGAGAGGCGGAUGUACUUUCUGUGCAUUAUGUCCUGUCGGAUAGGUCUCGCGGCAUGGUUGGGUCCGCUGAACUCUCUGUCAUGAAGAGGUCUGCGCUGUUCGUUAAUACGUCCCGUGGCCCCUUGGUGGUUGAAGAUGCACUGCUUGAUGUUCUGGAGAGAGGCGCCAUCCGGGGCGCUGCGCUGGAUGUGUUUGAUCUCGAGCCGCUGCCAGAGGACAGUCGAUGGCGGACGCAGAAAUGGGGGACGGAGGGCAGGGCGCAAGUGUUGUUGACUCCGCAUAUGGGGUAUGUGGAAGAGGAGGGCAUGAAUAAUUGGUAUGAGGAGCAGGCUGAGAAUGUGGAGCGGUGGUACAAGGGCGAGGAAUUGCUACAUGUUAUGGUUUAG